CUUAAAUGUUUCGAUUAAAACCGAAAAUAAUUUCGAUUUAUUUUGACUUAAACCACAAAUGUAAGGGCUUAUCGAUUUCAGUUAACUUAAAAUCGAUAAACUCUUAAUAGUUUCGGUUAAAAUAAAAAAACAUUAAUAAAUUGAUAAAAAAACUGUAAGCCUUAACAUAAUCAAAGGUUCAGGUUCGGUUUCGGUUAAUGUCUUAUCGAUUUUGGUUAAUCGAAAGCCAAUAAGCUCUUAGCAGUUUUGGUUUUAAACAAUAGGCUAAUUCAUAUUUCGAUUUCUAAUGAUUUUUCGGUUUGGUUAACCGAACUGAAUCGUCAUCCCUGGUAUAAACUCUAAAUAUAUGUCUCAAAUUUUUGUUCAAAAUAAUAUCAAGGUGGUUGUCUUUUUGAAGAGCACAAGUAACAUGAUUUUCUUUACAUUUUUGAAUUUCGACUCAAAACAAAAGAGAUAUAACCCGUUAAAUUUAAUCGAACAAAAAUUUAUACACGAUACUUACCAAACAAAUUACUGUCUAAUUCCGAUCCCCAUCUGCUGCAUGCUAUAUAUAUAUAUAUAUAUAUAUGACAUAUUCCAAAUCUACUCCUCCCAAAACAUAUCUAAAACCAUAAACACAAACACACACACACAACACACUAACAUACAAGCUCUUAAAAAGAUUCUCCCACGUCAAAAAUGACUCUUUCUCGAGUCUUUGCAACCACAUUCCUUCUACUUUCUCUCGUUGUGAUGAUCAAUUCACCAACCUUCGCAGCCGGUCACACCAACGACAACCCUUUCCAGCGCCUGGAGGGUUGCCGCAAAGGCGAAUCCACGAAAGGCCUCCACAACCUCAAACAAUACCUCCAGAAAUUCGGCUACUACCUCAAUCACAACAACAACAACGACACCAACUUUAACGUAGCCGCCAUCACCCACCAAAACGACGACGUAUUCGACGAGCUCCUCGAGGCAGCAAUCAAGCUAUACCAACUCACUCACCACAUCCCCGCAUCCGGCUCCUUGGACCGCGCCACGACGGCCCAAAUGACGACCCCGAGGUGCGGCGUACCGGACCACAACCUUAUUUCAGCAGUGAUGGAAUUGGAACCCGACGCCGCAACAAACAAAGGAGGCCCAAAUAAGAAGGAUUACAGAUUCUUCAAGGGCGAGCCCAAGUGGAACCAGAACCGGUUCCGCUACAAGUUCUUCCGCGGCCGCCCUCCCGCCGGGCUGAAGGAAGCCACGUACAAGUCCGCCGUGGCCCGAGCUUUCCGGAGCUGGUCCAACGUGACGCGGUUCGCGUUCGAGAAUGUGGACAGCAGGGUGCUGCUGAACGUUGACAUGACGAUUGCGUUCUACUCGCGGGACCACGGCGAUGGGAAUCCGUUUGAUGGGCCUAAAGGGACGUUGGCCCAUGCGGCCCAGCCGCGCUACGGUUUGUUCCAUUUGGACGCGGACGAGAAGUGGACCGAUAACCCGAGGAGGAAAGACCAGUUCGAUCUGGAGUCCAUUUCGUUGCACGAGAUCGGGCAUAUGUUGGGGCUCGACCAUAGCGACGACAAGAGUGCGGCCAUGUACGCUUAUUUGGACGGCGGGAAAACUAAGCGGAGGUUGCAGAGUGCGGAUAUCAGGGGCAUCAAAACACUCUACAAGCUGCGUUGAACUUAAAUGCAAACAGUCAGACUGUGGAACUAUGGAUGAAUAAUAAUCAAUGAUGUGACACUGUAUAUGAUAUAUAGACCUACUUAUACUAAAAUAAAAGGGAGAUGUAAUCUCUUACAAUAAAAAAGGUCUAUCAAGCAUGCUCGUUUGUUUGUGUGUUUGUAUGACUAUGUACUCUACAACGCGAGUUCGUAUAAUAAAACUUUGUUGUUAUCUUAUAGAAAUUAAGUUUUCCAUAAUUUCGUGAUAGUUUUGGUUGUUGUUCAUGUGUGUCUCAUUUUUCUCCCAUUCGACCCAACGAUGUGCGUGCUUCUAUUGUGGCAAUUUUCUCCAUAUUCUUCUUUAUGUUGGCGUUGGAAAAUGGUUGUGCUUUCAUGUUGUGACUUUCUAUUGGUGUGGGUAAAGCACAACGAAGAUAAGAGUCGAUUCAGAAAAAUAGGGAAAAUAAAUGUUUUUAAUUCAUAAUCUUUAAAUUUAAAUUUACUGGACACACUUAAAUUCAAAGGUUUAGAUUUAGUUAUUCAUGAAUGAGUAACCAAUGAUUAGUAAUAACCCUAUCUUGAGCCCACCUAGGAUAUAUAUGUGUCUUAUUGUACUAUAGUAUUUCAUUUCGUAAGCAAAUAUGAUGUUAUCACUAAUUAGCCUUCCUUUAAAUGAAUGCAAACAAACGAGACACCACUAAUUCUGUAUGCUUGUACCUAGGAUAUAUAUGUGUUUUAUUGUACUAUAGUAUUUCAUUUCAUUCAAAUCACUAAAUAGGUUAUCACUCUAUUGGCACUUACGAGACACCACUAAUUCUGUAUGCUUGUACCUUAGAAAUGUAUUUGUAGAUGACAUUACGACAUGAAAUGAGACGGAAUUUCUUCAUGUUAUCAAAAUUUCGUCCCCAUUUCCUUCAUGCGAUUCAUGGAUACUAGUAGAUAAUUUUUCCCCCCGGAGGAUACCAAUAGAUAAUUCCUUUCCAUCACACUAGAUAAAAAAAAUGAACUUUAAUUUUUUUUAAAGAAAAUAAAAUAGGUAAAAAUAUGUAUUAAUAUAAGGAAAUUCAUAUAGGCUCAUUGAUCACCUACCAAGUUCCUUUACUUUGUAAUUUGAAUGAAAUUCAAUUCUUAUUUGUUGUCCUUUUCAGUCAUUUUACUUCAAUCGUAAUUUUAAAAUUAUUUCAAAAUAAAUUACCAGCUAAGCAGACAACGGCUAUUUUCGAACCCAAAAAGGUUUGGCGCGCAUAUUGCUACAAUCGGGCUAUACCGAGCAUAAAUUACUAUUUCCGACAAUCCACUCAUAUAAUUUUUGGGUUGGUAAAUACAAAUAAAUAUUUCCUUUAAUA